AUGUCUUGCACAGAGCAGCAAGAAAUCGAAACUCAGCUGUUAAAACCGCUGCCCCUGCUCUUCGGAAUCGCAGCUCGAGACUCGCUUAGCGUCCCGGCCCGCAUCCCUCCUGCAGCGGGCCGGCCGCGGACGGAGCUAUGUACACCCACAGCCGGGAGCUGGGCACCCCCGCCGCCUCCGGCCCGGCCCGGGCCUCCGUGCGCGGGGCAGGCGGACCGGGGGCUCAUAGGUGCCUACACCUUGAUAGCACCAAAUGAAAACCGAAGAAAGCAGUUACAAAGGAUUGCUGAGAAAGAGCUGGAGAACCUGGAGAAGUGGAAGGAGCAACAUAGAGCGAAGCCAGUUAACCUGGUACCAAGGAGGCUAGGUGGAAGCCAAUCAGAGGCUGAAGUGAGGCAGAAACAACAACUCCAACUGAUGCAAUCUAAAUACCAGCAAAAGCUAAAAAGAGAAGAAUCUAUAAGAAUCAAGAAGGAAGCUGAAGAAGCUGAAAUCCAAAAAAUGAAGGCAAUUCAGAGAGAGAAGAGCGAAAAACUAGAGGAGAAAAAAAGACUUCAAGAAAACCUCAGAAGAGAAGCAUUUAGAGAGCAUCAGCAAUACAAAACUGCUGAGUUCUUGAGCAGACUGGAGACAGAGUUGCCAAACAGAAGUACCUAUCCAACUGCUUGCCAUAACCUACAAUCUUCAGCUUGGAAACUUCCUGUCCUGCCUAGGGAUCACAGCUGGGCCAGAAGACAGGCUUAUAAGGAUUCUCUAAAGGAAGAAGAAAAUCGAAAACUACAGAGGAUGAAGGAAGAACAACACCAGAAGAGUGAAUUACUGGAAUUUAAGCGACAACAACAGGAGGAAGAAAGAAUCAGAACCCAGCAGGAUGAGCACAGGAGGGUAAAUAAUGCUUUUCUGGACCGACUCCAAGGCAGAAGUCAACCAGGUGGCCUGGAGCACUUUGGAGGCUAUUGGAAUAUGAAUGGUGGUAACAGCUGGGAUUUAUGAGAAAUGUUUACUUACAUUCCACCUUUGUCAACUGGCCUUGAAAACUGCCAUGAGACGCUUUUUUAGAACUCGAUUUUAUUCACCUUCAGUGCUUUUACCUCAGCUUCAGCUCCCCACCCACACAGCUAAGCCUCCGGGAUGACAGGGUCUCCCUGUCAUUGUUUACGUGUGUUUGCAGGAGUUGAUUAUUGAACUCAUAUUUAAUCUCUACUGUCAGUGAAAUGUUACAGUAUUUUUCUAAUUGGUUUUGCCUCUUAUUGGAAGUAUAAUUACAGCAAUGUUAAUAAGAGAGAAAAUGAGAGGAUCAUUUGAUGCUUUUAGGUUGCUGGGAGCUAUGGGUGGGUGCUAUAUGAUUGUCUCUCUAAGUAGCUAAUUCUCAGAUCAGGUUUGGGGAAGCUUUGGCAUCUUUUUUGGAUUUUAAUCCCUACUUUCUUAAUUCACUGUAUAAACAUGAGUAAAAGACAAAAAUAAAUCUUUUAAUCUCUUUUAAACAAAUUUAUAAAUAAAUUUUGAACUACCUUUG